UCAAAGCAAGCUAGUAUGCGAGCCUUGGUUUAGCUAACCGGUCCGUUUUUAUCAUAUCGCUGUUGUAUUUAAGAUUAUAUUUACAUCGGCAUUUAGGGUUCGAGAUGGACAAUAAUCAGCAGUCCAAAGACAGCACGGAGCGGUCCGACCUGGUGUCUGAGGACGGAAAGAACAGCAAGUCUGUGGUGUGUCAGCGCUGCGGGUCCAAGGUGCUGUGUCCGGGGAUGGCUGUGAUGGCAGAGAAAGAGCUGUUCCUACCAUCCAUGCGGAAAAAGAGCGGCCUCAGCACCACAGAGGGCUCGGUGGACGGGGACACUCUGACCGCCCACUGGUUUGUGGACGACAUGUACACUUUUGAGAAUGUGGGCUUCACUAAGGACGUGGGGAGAAUCAAGUACCUCAUCUGUGCAGAUUGUGAAAUCGGACCAAUUGGCUGGCACUGUUUGGAUGACAAGAAAAGCUUCUACGUGGCUGUGGAACGAGUGAAUCAUGCGUAGUCUAAAUGUAUAUGUGAGUCGACAUGAACUUUAAAAAAAUUUGUUGGCAGGCUAUGCAUCUUUUCAUGGAUUUAUUCAGAGUUGACCUCAACCUAAUCUCUCUCACACACACACACACACACACACACACACACACGCACACACAUACACGCACACACACACACACCUAUACUGUUAUGUGUAUAUUGAUUAUGAUAACAGGACUAGGUCACUCUCUCAUGAUGACACUGUGACCAUCCUGUUCUAAUAAUGAUGUUUUUGGGAGGCUGAUGUUGAAUACCAUCCUGCAGCUGCUUCCUGGAUAAUUUGAUGUAAGGUCCAUCAUGUCAGUGUCUUUUAACCCGUUAAAAAAAUAAAUUCCAGCCAGAUUAAUGAGAUUGUGUUGGAAUCCUAACACAAGGUAAAAGUGAUUGUUUCAUUUGUAAAUAUAUUUGAGUGCUUAAACAGCCAGAUCAAUCAAUUUAUAGUAAAUAACCAUUUUGGAUAAUUAAUCAUUCUUUGAAGUCAAUUAAAAACUGACUUUAAUCUUCAGGUUUUA